AGUAGUCUAUCAACGGAAUUUGUUCGUGCCGCAGGGAUAUGAAGAUUAAAAGUUCUCUCCGUGCUCUGUCGGAGAUGUUGGAGUAUCUCCUCGAGACUGCGAGAAUUUCUCCUACAGAUGGCGGAAUGUUAAAAAAUGGAUUGGGUGAGAGCGAGUGCGUUGUUUAUGUUGAGGAUGAUAUCCUCGAUCGGAUCGAUUGGAGAAGACGAAGCAGAGGAGUCUUGAUACAACUCAGUGAUCUGUUCGACCGUUCCUUCCGCGUCUGGAGUACGGGCUUCGGUAGGGACGGGGAGGACCGGGAGCGGUUUGUUGAGAGCUGCAAGGAAAUCUCUCUGGUGUCUGCGGUCCGCGUCUGAUACCCACUCUUCUGAGAGCUGUUGGGAGGUAGACACGAUGGAGGUAUACGACGUCGCUGACGAGUCCGGUUUGUAGGUAUCUGAUGAUGGCAAAGAACGCAAAGAAUUGGACGAGAGCGGUGAUGGUAGAGAAGGCGUCCAGUUUG